AUGGCCACUUUGGCCCAAAAGGAGAAAAUCAUGGCUACCUAUCGGGAGGCACAAGCCAGAGGGGAUCCCAAGGCAUACUCGCUGGUGAAAAAAAUGCCAGGUUUUUUUCAUGGCUGCGUUUACCCAAGCAAGUGGGGCAAGAUUCGUGAUGCUCAGAGCUGGAAUGUAUUCCUGGCUGCUGCACCGCAACUGUGCAACAAGGUUCACGAAUUUCCCCAACCCUUCAGGCAAAUAUUGAAAAUGAAAAACCGCAGGCAAAGCCAAAGACGUCCUACGGAUCAGGCUAUGUUUCAUCUACCUGUGCCCUUUCAAGAGGUGGUGGAGGAACAUAUCUUGGAAAGAAUCGGCUUGGGAGAGGAAGUGCAGCUACCUUACGUCCGAAACGUGCUCCGUAUGCUGGUCAAAUCAUUGCAGGAGAAGCUUCCCGAUCACUGUCUUCGGCACCUUCAGAAUGAGGAUGCCAACCUAGCUGGUCUACCUCAGGAGGAAACCGAGGCUCGACUACAGACCAUGAUUGAGAAACUGCAGGGGAGGAUUCUGCCGAUUGAUCUCGAUCAGACUGUCUGGACCACAGCGUUCAGACCUGCCAAGACGUGCCUUCAAAGGAGUGCCUCCAUGGUACAUCUGCGACAAGAUCCGAUCAUGCGAUCCCGUUUGCUUCGGCAGAUCAGACACAACGUGGAGCGGUCCUUGGACAUGGAAAUCACAGAAGUUGAUCCUCGUGCACAGCUCAAGGAGGAGCCAAGCCAGCCUCAGGUUCAAGGACAAGCUGCAGCGAGUGCCAUGGUGCAAGGUUGGCGCGAGCCGCGCACACUCACGACCUUAUCCUUUAUCGAUGGUUUUGUAGCACGAGGUUAUGUCACAUGCAAGGUCAACACAAUCCCUCGUGCUACGAUUGCCAAAAUCAACCGAGAAAUGGAGCGAUACUUGCACGUCGCGGAACCCCAGCCCAAGUCGCACGUAUGGGCCGAGGGCAGUCUCAUACCAUACCUUGAUUUUCUCGCUGGCGAGCUACGAGCUCGAAGGAAGGCUUUGGGAUUGACCGGCCAGCAUCGUGCCCUCAUAUUGAUGGAUCAGGCCGGCGCACACAUGACCUGUUGUGCGGACACCAUGAACAGACAGUUGGACGAACUGGAGAUGUCAGUCCAAUCGGUGCCGAUCACCAGGUGCGAAAUGGAGGACUCACUCCGUGCCGAUGCAUGGGCGCUUUCGCACAACAAGCUCAUUUGGCUGUCCUGGUAUCAAAGAGGAUAUUGCAGCAAGGAAGACAUUGCCCAGUGGCACUUUGGUGGCGAUGUGGAGCAGGUGACGCAAGCUUUGCAGCGCAGCCGUGCUUCCAUGACGUCUGUGCUGCAGUUGAUGGAAGUCCCGGAGAUUGAUGGUGAGGAAACAGACGCUGGAGAGAAAGCUUACAUGUGGGCCAUCCAAUCGGGAAAUGACAUUAGCUCCCGUUUGAUUCUGCCACGAUGGAUGAGUCGGAACCUGGAGAUGAGAAUCUGUUCGUUUGUGCAGAGCUAUCAAAGAUGGGAAGGUAUCCUGGCCAAACGGGCCGAAAUGCACCGGGACUUGACACCGACGCAGCAUCAGGCCUACAAUGUUUUUCUCGCCAACAAGACUCAGAAGUUCAUCUUUGACAAAACGAAAAAACAAUGUGUCUCUGAUGCGACAACUCUGAAAAAGCAUGCGAAAGAUUGCAUUGCCCUCAAGCUGCACUUGAGCGAUGAACCGGCAGAGCUUCAGAUCGAAGCGGCCGACAAAACUAUGUUUCAAUUGGUGUGGUUGAAGCAAGAAGAGCCUGCCCGGUCCAAUGCCGACUUGCCAGAAAUCUUGAACAACCCCGCUACCGUGGAUGACCUUCCAUGCCAGGAUGAACAGGAGGAACUGGAUGAUGCAGAGAAUGCCGAAGAUGUUGAAAAGGGUGAAGAUCAACCUGAAAUGUCAGAAGCUGCCAUCCGAGAGCUGGAUGAUCAGAAGGCGGAGGCCCAAAAUGACGACCAGUUGGACGACGAGGAUGAUGAGAUUGAAUUCCUUGCGGAUUCCGACGAGGAAAUCUCCGACUUCGGGGUGCCGCCGACGGCGAAGAAGGUAAAGAGUUUCCAUACUCGAGAGGCAUGGAACACUCUUGAGGCUCGGGGGUUGACCGACCUUCCGCGCCACAUACGUGGCACCAGCAUAGCAUAUCACGCCAGAAACCGUCAGUGGCAGGGCCACUACUUCCAAACAAGAAUUCCUAUGUGCUUCUCCUGGGGUGGCACCACCCGUAGGACGGAAGCUGAAGCACUUUUGCGUGCAAUUAGAGCCAUCCUGGAGAGUCAUUUGAAUGUUCAUCCCCGUGAUGGGAUGUGGCGACGGCAACUCGACAAAGUUCGAACGGCUGAAGCCAAUCUUUAG